CACCUAGGUGAGGAAAGACAAACGAGCCCCACAUUAAAUUGCCAUCGCGAUCCCGAAGAAGUUGCGACGCAAGACCCCGUCUGGAGCUGCUAUUUUUUUACGCCCAAAUCUUUCACGUCCCAUCUCGCCGUCGCAGCCGGCCAUCCGUCUAUUCAUCGCACAUAGUCCCCCUGCAUACCUGGGUGCCUAGGAUUACCGACCCAGAUAAUCAACACACAUUCGACUCGGCUCGAGCCUGUCCCAAUUUCGCAUCUCCCCCCUGUUCGAGCGUAUCCUGUCGUGUUUACCUGCCCGUCGCGUGCAGCGACCGUCGACUCCGGCGUCAUGUCGACCCUAGCCGAAGAGCUGCUGCAGGAUUUCGAGGACUCCGGGUCCGAGAAUGGCGACGAUCAGAAUGAUGCCGGCCUCGACCUCGACGGCCCGGCUGUUGGCCCCCCGUCGAGCCACGACAACGGCGAUAUGAUGCUCGACGGCGACGAGGAAGAAGAGCCUGACGAAGACGCCGACGAGGAGAUGGGGGGCAUGAACGGCGGCGCCAUCAACGAGAUCGAGGACGAGGAGGUGACGAGGGCUAGGGUCGAGAAGACGUCGUUGGCCCGGAUCCAGGAUAUUCGGAAGGUCACCACGGUCAUGGACAGGCUGGAGCCUCUUCUCAGGGACAUCGCCUACUACCAAUCGAAACCUCUCGCCCCACAGACGACGAAUAUAGGUAACAUCGAGGACAACCCCGAGUAUAAGAUCCUCACUGAAUCCAACACUCUCUCCACCCAGAUCGACGGCGAGAUCAUGAAGGUCCACAAGUUCAUCCGAGACCAUUACUCGGCCCGGUUUCCCGAACUGGAGACCCUCGUGCAGAAUCCCAUCGAGUAUGCUAAAGUCGUGGCCAUCCUCGGAAACGGACCGAUGGAUUCGGACAGCAUCCGAGCCCUCCAGAGCUCGGCCGACAACGCCCUCGGCGAAUCGCUCAAGUCGGUCCUCGAUGGCCCUUCGCUCAUGAUCGUCACGGUCGAAGCUACGACGACCAAAGGGCAGGAGAUAAGCCAGGAGGAGCUCGAGCGCAUCCUGAAGGCCUGCCACAUGAUGAUCAAGAUGGACAAGGCCAAGAAGACACUUACAGACUACGUGCAGUCUCGCAUGAACAUAUUCGCGCCCAACUUGACUGCCAUAGUGGGCUCGCUGACGGCUGCGCAAUUGAUCAACUCUGCCGGCGGCCUCACCAACCUCUCGCGGACGCCUGCCUGCAACCUGCCCGCCUGGGGCUCGAAGCGGCAGGGAAACACGGCUUUCGCCACCAACGUGGCCAUACGGCAGCAGGGCUAUCUAUACCACUCGCCGAUCAUCCGCGGCAUCCCGACCGACCUCAAGAAGAAGGCGAUGAAGGCGGUAGCAGCGAAGCUGGUCCUCGCCGCGCGCGCCGACACGGGCCACGCGAACCCCGACGGCUCGUACGGCGAGGAGCUCAGGGGCCAAUGCCUGGAGCGGUUGGACAAGAUGACGGAACCGCCGCCGAACAAGGGCCAGCGAGCGCUGCCAGCCCCGGACGACAAGCCGUCGCGGAAGCGAGGCGGCCGCCGGGCACGCAAGGCAAAGGAGGCGACGGCGAUGACAGACCUGCGAAAGGCGCAGAACCGCAUGGCGUUCGGCAAGGAGGAGAAGGAGACGGGCUACGGCACGGGAGACUCUACGACGGGGAUGGGGAUGAUCGGGCAGACCAACGACGGGCGCAUUCGAGGCAUGCAGAUCGACAACCGGACACGGGCGAAGCUCAGCCAGAAGCACAAAGGAUGGGGAGGGGCUACGCCGAUCGGUGGCUCAGCUUCGUCGAUACGCGGCUUCGGCCAAUCAGGCAGCAACAUCGACCUUCGCGGCAAGGGUCUCCGCACGUCAGGGGUGGGAUCCACGAUAGGAGGGGGUGCGGGGACGGCCUCGUCUCUGGCCUUCACCCCGGUCCAGGGACUCGAGCUCGUCGACCCCAAGGUCCAGGCGGACCUGAAUCGUAAGAGAAAAGCGGAGGAGGAUCGCUGGUUUAAGGGCGGUACUUUUACCCAGGUGGGUGGGAGUGGCGCCGCUAGCAGCAGCGGCGCCAAUGGAGGAGGAUUCAGGGUGCCGGAGCAGCCCCCCAGCAAGAAGAUCGACACCGGUGCCGGUAAGAUGGGACCCCCGUCGCUGCCGGGUACGAAGUAAGUAGAGCUGUCUUCGAGGUAGCCGAGACGUACCGCCCACUUCUCGCGCCUUGGCCUUGGGGCCGGGGGGGGGGGGGGAUGUAACUCGGUGUAAAAAAAAGAAAAAAAAAAGGAAGAAGGGAGAGAGAGAGAAAAAAAAGAAGUUGUUUGAUGUGGUAGCGGUAGUAGCGGUGAUGGUGGUGGUGGUGGUGGUGUGAAUGUAGACUUGCAGGUGGCAGGUUGCAGCAGGUCACCAGUCGCAUGUCACAACCCAAGGUACGCAUGGCGUCUGACAGGGGCGGAGAUGAGGCCGGGACAAGAUAGAGGAGGGGUGAGAGGGAGGGGGAGGGGAGAAGGGUUCGGUCAGUCACCAAUCUAUUUCCGUCUUGGUUUCGCGCAGCAUAGGAGGGAUCGCAGGUCGCAUGGUCACGGCGUUUCUCGGACGGGCAGGAGGGGGGAAGAGAAGGGCGUCUGCUUUGCGAACUGGGCGGACAUGCGUCUCGAAGGGUCACGUUAGCUUCUCUGCCGUAGCAGCUCAGUUACAUCUUGGUCCGCGUCUUUGGGGUCUGGACCUAUCUCUCUCCCUUGCUCUCGCGGUUUUCCGUCUAUUAUCUGCUCAUCUGCCUAUAGCCUGUCUGUCUACU